CAGCGCGCACGGCAGACUGCAGGCUGAUCGGAAGAGACUGUGCAUGUACCUGUACGUGAAUCUGUCUAACCGACGCUGCCUGUUCAGACAUCUAUCGACGGAAAACACUAGAUAUGCAAAGGACUUGACCUAACCUGGAGCAAUAAGGUCACAUUCUCCAUGUCCCGCUGAUAUGAAGGUGAAGCUCUCCGACCACAACAACGCGGUGUGUGUGUGCAUGAUGAGCGGCUGAGGAGGAGGAGGAGGCUGCGGUCUGAAACUAGAUUUUUAUCCUGGAUAUUUCGAAACAAACGUCGUGGCGUUCACACAAGGGGGCUGCGCAUUGAUUUAUAAUGUUACUGCAUCGCCCAGACAGCCUCUUUCCAUCCCGUUUUUAAGGCGGUUUGCCCCGUUGUUCCUGCCUCCUGAGGACCCUCCAGCAGCGGGACGUUGAGCGUUUUUCCUCCAGACAUGGAGCGUGAAGAUGCGGAUUACAGAGGAGCCCCCGCCGCCCGUGUGACCGCUGCUGUCUCCACAUCCACGCGGAGUUGUUUUUGGCAGGAAUAAAAACAGAACUAUGAAUACGUAUUUUCUGGCCAGAGGAAUAAAUCGGUGAUUUAUUUUUUUGAGCACGAUUUGGACUCUCAUUAGUAACGUGAGAAAGCUAUCCUGCUAGCUUGUUUGUAGUAUUAGCUAUUAGCUCCAUUAGCCGGCUAACUGCUAUAAAAAAAAAAAAAAGGUGCUGGCUGCAGAUUAAAGAGGCUUUAAAAAUAUUUGUGAGCAGGUUUUGCUCCACACUUCCUCCCCUCGACAUAUUUAUUUACAGGAUUUGGGAGGAUUUACUCAUCCAGGAAUGAGGUCUCGUACGGAAAGGAGCCGCUUGACCUUGUUUUGGGGUCUGAUGCUGGGUCUGUCGUCCUGCCUCCGGCCCGCCACCGCAGAGAUCUGUGGUCCGAGCAUCGACAUUGGGAAUGACAUCAGUGAGUUCAGGCGUCUUGAGAACUGCACAGUGGUGGAGGGCUACUUGCAGAUCCUCCUCAUCGGUGACAAAAACAACAACAACAUCAACCUGGAAUUCUUCCGCUCCCUCAGCUUCCCCAAGCUGACCAUGGUCACCGACUACCUGCUGCUAUUCCGCGUAUCCGGCCUGGACAGUCUGAGCACGCUCUUUCCCAACCUCGCCGUGAUACGCGGGCGGAGCCUCUUCUACAACUACGCCCUCGUCAUCUUUGAGAUGACCAGCCUGAAGGACAUCGGCCUGUACAACCUGAGGAACAUCACCCGUGGCGCCAUCCGCAUUGAGAAGAACCCCGAGCUCUGCUACCUGGACUCCAUAGACUGGUCCCUCAUCCUGGAUGCAGAGUUCAACAAUUACAUCGCUGGCAACAAGCAGUCCAAGGAGUGCAGCGACGUUUGUCCAGGCAUCAUGGAGAACAACCCUCAGUGCAGGAAGACCAUGUUCAACAACAACUACAACUACCGCUGCUGGAAUUCCAACUACUGCCAGAAAGAGUGCCAAGAGAAGUGUUUACGGCGAGCAUGCACAGCGGACGGCGAGUGCUGCCACCCUCAGUGUCUGGGCAGCUGCACAGUCCCUGGUAGUGACACAGCAUGUUCGGCCUGCGUGCAUUACUACCACCAAGGACGCUGCGUGGCUGACUGCCCCCCCGGCACCUACAAGUUUGAGGACUGGCGAUGCAUUAGUGCCGAGCUGUGCUCCAAAGUCCACCUCCCCGACUUCAACAGCUUCAUCAUCCACGGUGGAGAGUGCAUGUCUGAAUGCCCACAUGGCUACAUGCAGACCACGCCCAACAGACUAGAUCAGGCUGGAGACAGACACUCCAGUCUUGACUGGUAUCAGUUUCACAGCCCGUGGCGGUCCACGUCCAGGCACAGGCCCAAGCCCGGCCAAGCCACCAUCAAAUUAAAGGGCCCCCCGGCUCAUUUCUGUGGAGAUGAAAUCUAUGACAAGCCCCUCAGUGAAGCUAAGAGCAGGCAACAGUCCAGUAACACCCACAGGCCUCCAGGCAUCCUGUGA